GUCCCCCCACUACAUACUAAAAAUUCCCCCCUGUAACCCCCAAUUUUGGUAAUUUUUGGAUCGCUAUAACUCCGUCAGUUUUCAUACUACAGACUUGGGGCUGGUGUCGUUCGCUUAGUUACGGAAUACCCUAAAAUGUCCCUCAGACAGAUUUUGUUCAAAGGGACUGAAAGGGUUUUGAAAAAUCCGAUCCCACCCCAUUUGGGGCGGGUAAGCGUUAACCUUCACAAGGGCCUCUUUGGAGUGCCCAGACCACAUACGGACCAUUUUCAAAAAAAAUCCCUAAAGGGAUUUUUUGAGGAUUUUUGAAAAAUUCGUUUCCGGGCUACCCUUGGUUAUGGGGAGCCUCUGGGAACAUGUCUGGAAACCAACGUAUGUCGAAUGAACCUAAUAGAGAAGAACAGGAUCGGGAUCGAUUUAUGUCUUUUGACUCGAACUCCUUUGAUCAAUCGUUCAAUUCGAUACCCAGCUCAAAUGCAUCGUUCCAUUCAAUGGAAAUUCCACCAAGAGGCAACAUUCGUCCCAACAGGAGAGGAGCCUUAGCCUUAGAGAGAAUCCAGGAAGUAUCGGCCAACAUUGAACAACAAAGAACGGAGCGUAGACCGGUAGAGGAGCUUUCCGGUUGGGCUGAAAUGGCUGGGCCAGCGUGCUAUUUGGCACGGGAAGCCCUAAACCGCUACCGGGAUCACAAGAAGAAUUCGAAACGGCAAGCACAAACAGAAUGGGAAAACAGGAGGAAUAAAGAUACAAAACCAUCACACUGGGACACCAAAAGGGACCAGGGUAGUGGACGAGUAGACACAUCAAAAAUACCUAUGAGGAAGAAUAAAGACGAUAACCCGGCGCUUAGACUCCUGGCCGAACAUCAGGACAGGCAAAAGGCAAAAAGGAUCAAGGAACUAAAAAAAUAA